AUGUACCAUCCUCAGAGACAGAACAGCGGCAAACAGCUUCCCGCCAAGAAAAAGAAGAGGUCCAAGAAAAAAGUGUCGGCCGCCAAGUCCGCCGCCAAGGGCAAGAAGAGCGACGCCCAAGCAGGACGCUCCUCGUCCAGCCCCAAGAAGUCCAGAGCGGGGAGCAAGUCCAAGGCCAUCGUCAUGGACUCCAGCACAGACGACGAGAAGCAUGGCGAGGAAGAGAAGGUGACGGCGAGGGACAAGUCGUUGGAAAAAGAGUUGAAAACGUACCUGCACGACGAAGUGUGCACUUGGAUCUUCAAUCCGCCAAACUCUUCCCACAAUGGAGGAAUGUGGGAAAGACUAAUUGGCAUCACGCGCCGUAUCCUGGAUGCAUUGCUCCUUAAGGAGGGAGGCUCUCACCUUUCUCAUGAGGUGCUCACCACUCUCAUGGCUGAGGUCAUGGCAAUUAUAAACGCAAGACCUCUCAUUCCAGUUUCAACUGACCCAGAGAUGCCAGCAAUACUAACACCUGCAACCUUGCUGACACUGAAGAGAGACGUCAUAUCUGCACCUCCAGGAGACUUCAACGUGAAAGACAUCCACUCACAACAAUGGCGGAAAGUCCAAUCUCUCUCUGAUAGAUCCGGGAAGCGAUGGAAACAAGAAUACCUGUCAACCAUACAAACUAGGAGAAAAUGGUAUGCAGAAAGGCCUAACCUGCAAAUUGGAGACCUAGUACUACUGAAAGACGGCCAGGUGAGAAGAAAUGAAUGUCCCACUGGACUCAUCGUCAAGUCUAUCAACAGCCAUGACAGCAAAGUAAGAAAAGUAGAUGUCAAGAUCAUCCGACAAGGUACUCCAAUAAUCUACACUAGACCUGUUUCAGAGGUUGUGUUGCUCCUUCGUAAAGAGACUGUAUAGUGGUAUAAAACAUUAUACCAAGCGGGGAGUGUUAUGCCCGUUUGAUUGUGGACUAUUACUGACACCUUGUGGCGAUGGGAAAUGCUGCGCGUCAUUAGUUUGGGCACUUCCGGUUUACUUUGGGCACUUCCGGUUUACGAUGUUUGUCUAGUUCAUAAACAAUAAGAAGUAGUCGAGUUGUGUUAACUCGUACAAGCCUUGGAAAAGAUAAGUCUGUAAGUAAACUGUUUAACUUGUUUAUGUAACUCAAUACUAAGGUGGAAAGUUGCUAAGUUUGAUAGUAAGAUGUGUAUUGAAAAACGAUUUUUGGGCACUAAUUUAAUGAAUGUUUGAGGAUUUAAAAUGGCUGCUGGUCGCAUAUUUCCACCAUCGAAAUAGUUUCAACACUCAGCAGUAUUUGUUUGGCGAUAAUGCUGUAUAUUUGUGUGAAGCUAAUGUUUAGAUAUUGUGUAUAACAUUUCAGUAUGUUAAUUGAAUCAUAUAGCUUAUACAUUGUCAUUGUGUGUAUUUCAGUUUUACAAUAAUAAAAAAUAAAAGUUAAUAAAUAAAAAGAAAAGUUCUUUUUCAAUUUCGUUUUCGCUAUCUGCCUCCAUACUCCAACCAUCC